UAUACAUAAUAUAAUAAAAAUAUACAGGAAACACAGACAAGGCUGAAAAAGCAGUUUCUGCUCUUACACCCCUCUUUAAAAUAAACUGCUGUAAUUUCAGCCAAAAGAACUGUUGUGUUUGAUAGAAUAAUAUGUUUAUAUACUGCCAUGGCAGUUUCAUGGCACAUUAAGCCCCCAAACUAUUUUUAAUGUGACCGUUUUACCCUGGCGACCCCGUUUACAGACACUGCGCAACGGCUUUUGUUUCAACCCAGCUAUAAAAAUAAGGUAAGUAAUUAUAUUUAUUAUUCAAAAUGUCUAUCAUUUUUAGCUCAGGAUCAUUACUUAAUGUCUAAUAUUUAGUUAAAAAAAAAAAAAGACUUUAAAAAAAUUAUUCACUUGCACAUUUUAAACUUUUAAACAAAAUACGUCACAAUAAAAAAAAAAAAUUGUGUCUGUAAACAGGUCACGGAUAUCUAACUAUCUAAUUGUUUAUAACUGUUUUUUGUUACUGUCGCAUUUCCCCCAAUAUUUUCGAUGAUGAAUAAUCGAUCCAAACAGAAAAAAAAAAAAAAAAAAAAUUUAAAGGCUAGAUAUUUGAAAACGAAAAUCUCGACCACUCCUUGGUGUCUGUGAUUUCUGCAUUGCGAUCCUUGUAAUAUUACCGUGUUUUACCCAUAAAAUCCCCAAAAAAGUCCGACUGUGGCCAUUCACAGUUGUGUCUUGACACUCGGUGAGACAUGCUACACAAAGUUUUUGGAUCGAAACAACGUACGUAUGCGAUAAUAUCUCGUUAAAAUAAUGCUCUCUUUAAUUAUGCUCUCUCAUGCUCUUGCUUUGAGUUAGGAUUUAGGCGUUAUUUUUUUCAAAAAUACCCUCCUGUUCAAAAUGUUUAUUCCCCCAGAAAAUACAGAUUUUAAGCUUUCCAAUGAUGUAUCACACAUGCAUAUAGGACCGUUUUGAAAUUUGGCCAAAUUGGGGGUCUCAGAUUGGAACUUCAAGUCACCUGAAUGUUUCCCGCCAUAUAUGUACGCACAAAAAAAAUAAAGGAUUUUUUUAAUGAAUUGGGAAGUCCCAAUAAUUAAAAAUAAAUAAAUAAAUAAAAAUAAAUAAAUAAAGGGGGAAUAUUAAAACUGGAUUUACAUUAUCUCAUUUUAAAGAUCAUAUAUUUGUUUUGGGUGUCAAAAACAUAGUUUUAUCCUAAAUGGGAGUUAAUUUUCCUGUUUUAAAUAGUUAUAUUUUGGUGUUUGAUUUUGAAAUUCAGCAAGUAACCACAUGAGGGCGCUGCAAGCAAACGUAACCUUUUUCACUUAUCCUACCAUCAAUCCCCAAUCAUUUAGAGAUUCCCGGCUUGAAUAACACCCCAAAAUCAAACAUUAGUGCCCUUAUCGGUACUCCAGCGUCUCAUAUUCCUGAAUUUAAGAUAUUAUCCGUACUAUGUCGUUUUCUGAGGUGACAACAGGUUAACACAUCGUGGAGAUCAAAGACAAAGAUGACGCUUCAAAGGAAGCCACUAGCUGUCUCCCCGUUCAAAAAAGUGGAGAUAAAAGCAUGACUUCAAACGCUAUAAGGCAAUUAAACUCCGCAAAGCUCCGUCAAGUGUUUGAACGUCAUUUGAAGCUCAUCUUCGUGUUUACCGGUCGACGCAAUGGCCUUCCCAACAUGGCGUCGUAUUAGAUUACAAGUUAGCUUGGAGCAAUUUAGGCAAAUUUCCUAUCAAAUACACACUUUUUGAACCUCGGAUUCGGCAAGGAGGGUCGAGGGUUGUCCUUUCAUCUCCAAAGUGUCAGUCAAGCCUGAAAGGACUCUCCACGGAAGUCUAUUAAUUCGAUGCUGACGCGCCGCUUGCUCUCCGUGAUGCUGUCCCUGUUCGGAUACGUUCACGCCGGUCCGGUUCUGCUCACCUCCAACUCCAUUAAAAACUUCGAACCGGUCAGCCCGAGUCCGGGCACCCCGCAAGCGGGCGGCGUAGGACACAGAGCGCCUGCGCAGGACAUCUUGCAGAUUAAUAUGUGCGCUGACGACGAAGAAUGCGGCGCGGAGGAAUUCUGCAAUGACGUCCGAGGCGUGUGUCAGGCGUGCCGCAAGAACCGGAAAAGAUGCGGGAGGGACGCUGUGUGUUGCGCCGGAAGUCGCUGCAGCAACGGUGUUUGUCAGACUAAUGAGUUAGAUACCCUGGAUGUUAAGGCUUGGCACGUGCACAAAAACAACACGAUGGAGCUUAAAAAGACAAUCACUUCACUCCAAGCCCACACUGUAAAAGGUCAAGAAGGCGACACGUGCCUGCGCUCGUCAGAUUGCCAAGAAGAUCUUUGCUGCGCCCGCCACUUCUGGUCACGCAUUUGCAAGCCGGUGCUGAGUGAGGGCCAGGUGUGCACGCGCCACCGCCGCAAGGGCGCGCACGGGCUGGAGCUCUUCCAGCGCUGCGACUGCGGCGACGGCUUGGCGUGCCGGCCCGAGCGGGGCCAGCGGGAGCGCCGCGCCGCCGCCAGGACAGCCGCCCGCAACCUGCACACCUGUCAGAGACGCUGACGUACGCGCGCUGACACCAAAGACUUUGUUUCCUGCCCACGCAGCGCCAGGAAGCCCAUACGCGCAUCCUGGGAAAAGUGAUACAUCCGCGGAGAUGAUGGACUGAUAUCGUUGCCUGCGAACAGAUGAGGGGGAUGCGGGGGGAAGGGGUGAUGGAGUCUGCUGACAGCGGGUAGUGGCAGGGCUGUAUUUUUGUUUCUGUUUUUAUGGAACUUAAAGCCUAGGUUAUUGCAGUAAAUUACUGUGUUGCGAAUGAAGGCUGGGGGAACCGGACACAACUUGCCAUGCUAAAAUUAUGAUUAUGUAUAAGGGAGCAGAAUAGCCUUUGUGGAAUGAUCACUGGAGUUUGAAUUUAUAACCCUGAAUUCAACUGCAAAAAAAUGUAGCAGAAAUUUGAGUUGCAGCAUUGUUUCGGGAUCGAUUGCUUCUCCCUGGUUACCCAGAUUUUUUUUUUUUUUUGCAAAUGAAUUCAAAUGCUGAAAAAUUUGAGUCUUAGAAAUUCCUACUCUGGUGGCAUUGAUUUACUUCCUGAGUCUAGUCCAGGGUUGGGUAAACUACCACAAAGAGCUGCAGUGGAUGCGAGUUUUCAUUACAACCCAUUGAGAGGACACCUUUUCACUAAUCUGGUGUCUUUUAACUGGGGGGAAAAAAUGAAUAUAAUUGCAGGAAAACUUGAUGGCUAAAUAAAGGAAAUUCUUCAAUAAUUGGGAAUAAAAUAAGAAACUCUUUUUUUUGGAGCAACCAACCUGUGGAAAAAGCUUUCAUCCCUGCUUAUGUCUACAUUUUGGGCGUUUGAAACAUCCUGUUGCAAAGUAUUUUCAACAGAGUUGUACUAUUAAUGCUCAGAACUGGUUCCCACCAUCCAAAACACAAAUAUAGCAGCAAUGUAUGAAAAAGGUUCCUCAGCCCUGUUUGAAAAUUGUACUGUGGGGGUGGCACUUUAUUGAGCAAUGGCAUCAACACCAGUAUUGUGCGGCAGUGUAAAUAUAUCACAUAAUGUUUCAUAAGAAAACUAUCUAUGAAGAAUGUGAAUGUUUUAUUAAACACUACUCUUAAUAAGCACUCUUGUC